AUGUCUGUCCAACUAAGAGAGGCUUUUGAAAAUGCCAAAAAAGAAAACCGCCGUGCAUUAGUCACAUUCAUGACUGCCGGUUACCCAACUGUUGAGGAUACAAUUCCUAUUUUAAAAGGUUUUCAAGAAGGUGGUGUUGAUGUUAUCGAAUUAGGUAUGCCAUUCUCUGAUCCUAUUGCCGAUGGUCCAACUAUUCAAGUUGCCAAUAAUGUUGCUUUAAAAAAUGGCGUCACCAUGCUACAAACAUUGGACCUUUUGCGUAAAGCUAGAAAAGAGGGAGUUACUGUGCCAAUUAUUUUAAUGGGUUAUUAUAACCCAAUUUUGAACUAUGGUGAAGAAAAAUUUAUUAAAGAUGCUGCUAAAGCAGGUGCUAAUGGGUUUAUUAUUGUUGAUUUACCCCCAGAAGAAGCCUUGAAAGUUAGAGGCUAUGUGAGAGCUAAUGGUUUGAGCUUAGUACCAUUGGUCGCUCCUUCAACUACUGAAGAAAGAUUAGAAUUACUAUCUCACGUGGCUGAUUCCUUUGUCUAUGUCGUUUCACGUAUGGGUACCACAGGUGCCCAAACCUCCGUUGCUUCUAAUUUAAGUGAAUUAACUAGCCGUGUUAGAAAGUAUACUAAAGAUAUUCCAAUUGCAGUUGGGUUUGGUGUUUCUACCAGGGAACAUUUUACUGCUGUUGGUGAAUUAGCCGAUGGUGUUGUCAUUGGUUCAAGAAUUGUCACAUUAGUUGGCCAAUCCAAACAAGCAGAUCGCCAAAACAUGGCUAAAACUUAUGUAGAAGAAAUCUUAGCUGGUGAAAAGCACAAAGUGUUAACUGUUGAUGAAUUUAACACAUUACAUAAAGAAACCUUAUUAAAUGCUUCAAAAUUAACAACCAUUGCAAAUGAAUUCGAUGAGAAGCACAAAUUUCCAACUAGAUUUGGUGAAUUUGGUGGUCAAUAUGUUCCUGAAGCUUUGCACGCCUGUUUGAGAGAAUUAGAACAAGGUUUUGAAGAAGCUUCAGCAGAUCCAAAAUUCUGGGAAGACUUUAAAUCUUUGUACUCUUAUAUUGGUAGACCAUCAUCUUUACACAGAGCUGAAAGAUUGACUGAGUACUGUGGUGGUGCACAAAUUUGGUUAAAAAGGGAAGAUUUAAAUCAUACAGGUUCUCAUAAAAUUAAUAAUGCGUUAGCUCAAGUUUUAUUAGCAAAAAGGUUAGGUAAGACAAAAAUUAUUGCUGAAACUGGUGCUGGUCAGCAUGGUGUAGCUACUGCUACUGCCUGUGCCAAAUUUGGUCUUGAAUGUACGGUUUACAUGGGUGCUGAAGAUGUUCGGAGACAAGCAUUGAAUGUCUUUAGAAUGAGAAUCUUAGGUGCUAAAGUCAUUGCAGUCACUAAUGGUACUAAAACACUAAGAGAUGCUACUUCUGAAGCUUUCCGCUCUUGGGUUACAAAUUUACAGACCACUUAUUACGUUGUCGGUUCUGCAAUUGGCCCUCAUCCUUACCCAACUUUAGUUCGUACCUUCCAAUCGGUUAUAGGUAAGGAAACUAAGGAACAAUUCGCAGCUUUAACUAAUGGUAAGUUGCCUGAUGCAAUAGUUGCCUGUGUCGGUGGUGGUUCAAACUCAACUGGUAUGUUUUCUCCAUUUGAACAUGAUACUACUGUUAAACUAUUGGGUGUUGAAGCUGGUGGUGACGGUAUUGAAACUGAAUUCCAUUCUGCUACAUUAACUGUGGGAAGACCUGGUGUUUUUCAUGGUGUCAAAACUUACGUUUUACAGGAUUCUGAUGGUCAAGUUCAUGAUACCCAUUCUGUUUCUGCUGGCUUGGAUUAUCCAGGUGUCGGUCCUGAGUUAGCAUUCUGGAAAUCAACUGGCCGUGCUCAGUUUAUUGCAGCUACGGAUGCUCAAGCUUUAGAAGGUUUUAAGCUACUAUCUCAAUUAGAAGGUAUUAUUCCUGCCUUAGAAUCGUCUCACGCAGUCUAUGGUGGAUGCGAGUUAGCUAAAACUAUGAAGCCUGAGGAGAAUUUGAUCAUUAAUAUUUCUGGUAGAGGUGACAAGGAUGUUCAAAGUGUUGCUGAUAUUCUGCCAAAGUUAGGUCCUCAAAUUGAUUGGGAUUUAAGAUUUGAAGAAGACCCAUCUCGUGGCGUUUAA